AUGUUCGAAAUGCACACAGCUUUCGCUGUCUACGAGCAGUUAAAGAAGGAAUUCAGCUCACCAAAGGCAGACCUACAGAAAUGCGGGCAAUACUUGGCAAACCUAAAGAUCUACUUGACCGAACUAUCAUUCCUUUUGCCUGGUGACCGGGCUCCGGAUGCUCAAGAGCUUCUCCUUGCACGCGAGGUCCUUGAAAUUGGCGCUCAAUGGAGUAUCCGUGUCGGCGACAUCCCAUCGUUCGAACGCUACAUCUCCCAACUAAAGACAUACUAUCAUGACUACAGCUCAAACCUCCCAGCUUCCGCCCGGAUGUAUCCCCUCCUUGGGCUGAAUCUCCUCCGCCUCCUCGCACAAAACCGCAUCUCGGAAUUUCACACAGAACUCGAACUCAUUGAAACAGAUCAAAUGGGAGAAAAUGUGUACAUUCGGCAUCCAAUUCAGAUUGAACAGUGCUUGAUGGAGGGAUCAUACAACAAGGUGUGGCAUUCCAGAGCGAACGUGCCUGCAGAGGAAUACGCUUUCUUUAUUGAUAUAUUGAUGGGAACCAUCAGAGACGAAAUUGCUAGCUGCAGCGAAAAGGCCUACGAUAGCUUGCCUAUCGCUGACGCGGCGACGCUUCUCUAUUUCAAAUCCGGGGACGAGGUCACGGCGUUCGCUUCUGAGCGAGGUUGGAAGGUGAACCCACAGGAUAAGAAGAUCUACUUUGGGGUAACGGAUGCGGAUCAUUUGGACAUUCCUGCAGACAAGGUUAUCAGUCAGACAUUGGAGUACGCAAGAGAGCUGGAGCGAAUUGUGUAA